UAUUUAUUACAAUAAAAGAGAUUCAGAAUGUUUAAAAAAGUAAUUGUAGGUAUAUCUGGUGGAGUUGAUAGUGCUGUAGCUGCAUUGAUUUUAAAAAACAAAGGAUUUAAUGUCACUGGAGUGUUUAUGAAAAAUUGGGACAUUAGAGAUGAAACAGGGAUAUGUCAAUCUGAAGGGGAUUAUGAAGAUGCACAACAGGUGUGCAAACAAUUAAAAAUUCCUCUUGUUGAAGCCAAUUUUGUAAAAGAAUAUUGGACUGAUGUGUUUAGCUAUUUAACAGAGGAAUAUGAGAAUGGAACUACACCAAAUCCUGAUAUUCUUUGUAACAAGUAUAUUAAAUUUGAUCAAUUUUUCAAGUUUGCACGUACAGAGCUUCAAGGAGAUGCUAUUGCAACUGGACAUUAUGUUCAAACUAGUUUUGGGCCAUGUCUUGAACAUUUUAAACCAAAUACUAAUGUCAAACUACUUCAAGGGAAAGAUAAAAACAAAGAUCAAACAUUUUUCUUGUCUCAAGUACAACAAGAAGCUCUACGAUAUUCCAUGUUUCCUGUUGGAGAAUACUUGAAAGGGGAUGUUAAAACAAUUGCUCAACAAGCUAAUUUGGAUAUAAUUCUUAAGAAGAAAGAAAGUAUGGGUAUAUGUUUUAUAGGAAAACGAAGGUUUAAGGACUUUAUAUCUGAGUAUUUGCCUGACAAACCUGGAAAUCUAAUAGACCUAGAUACUGGUAAAAUAAUUGGAAAACAUAGAGGUUUUCAUCAUUGGACUGUAGGUCAGAAACUGAAUCUUCCAAACUUCCCACUUGCAUACUAUAUAUACAAAAAAGAUAUUGAAACAAAUAAUAUUAUCGUAGUAGGAGGAACAGAUCAUCCAGCACUGUAUUCUGAUUUUGUAGUAACAAAUACCCCUCAUUGGAUAUCAUCUGAACCAAGUGAAUUUAGUAGCUUUAAAUUAUUUGAUUGUGAUUUUCGUUAUCAACAUAGAGAUACCUUAAUACCUUGUACAAUCCAUCAAAAUUCAAAGAAUCAAUUACUGAUUCACGUUAAUCAACCAUUGAGAGCAAUUACAGAAGGACAGUUUGCUGUCUUGUACAAAGGAGAAGAGUGCCUAGGAAGCGCCGUAAUAACAUUCUGUGGUCCAUCGUACUUUUCACUUAAAGAAGAAGUACCACCCCAGAUGUCUGAUGAAAAACUGAAACCAAAAAACAUAUCGGACACGAGUAUGUAA